AUGCCAAAGAAAACUUUGCUCAGAAUGUUAAUAUCAACACUAAAAUAUUAUAUAGGAUCUUUAAAAUUCUACUAUGUCUCUUCAUUUUUUAAAUUUUUUUUUAUACCUAUAAAAGGAGAUUAAAUACUUCCUUUUCAAACUCUUAAAAAUAAUCUUCAAUAAAAUAUAGAGUAAUUCUAAUUAAAUGAUCCAAUUCGACUUAAUCGAGCCAAACAAGAAUUCAAAUAAGCGAUUUCUUAAAUACAAUAAACAUUCUCCUCUUUGAUCAAAGAGAUGAUUGAAUCUUCUAAGAAAAUAUUUCAAGAGAUCGAACAAAUAGAUAAAUAGUUUCUAGAUUUAUUAAGUUCAAACAUUGAAGAAUCUAGUAAUUCUAAUCUUUAUAAAAUAUCUGAAAUUCUAUAAUAGAAUCAUCUCAAAUUUUGGUAACAUCAAAAACAAAAUUGUUAUAAAAUACUAGAUGAAAACAAACAUUAUCUCAUUUCGAUAUGCGAAAAUGUAGCAAUUAAAAUGAGAGAAAAAAUAAAGACAAUUAAUUCUGAAAAAAUAGGGUAAAAAUUUAAUCUAGAUAAAGAUUUAAUGUCUUUCAAAAUUCUAAAUUAUUAGGAAUUAAUCAUAGUGAUUUUAUUUAUAUAAAUAAUGAGAUAAUCUCAAAGGUAAAUCACUAGAUAAUAUUUUUAGCAAGGAAAUAUGAGGUUUAACUAAAGAGAAGGCUUAAUAGACAUUUUAGGGUUUUCUUAAAUUGAAAAUGCAUUUAAAGCCUUUUAAAUUGAGUUUUAACAAGGACAAUUAUGCUAUAUAGAGGAUGGAAAGAUAUUAAGGAUGUAUAUCUUUUAUAUUUAAUUAGCGAAAUUGAUAAUGAUUAAAAUUCUAAUAAAGAGAUAAUUACAAAUUAUGAUUAAUUAUGUAAUUUGAAAUGGAUAGGAGAAGAAACUGAAACUAAAUAAAAAAUUUCAUUAUGGAAUGCUUAUUGGGGAAAACAAUUUCUAGAAUUAGAAGGUUUAUAUGAUAAAAAAGGAAGGAAGUAGGGCUUUUGGAGUGAGCCAUGUAGAAACUAUAGGUAAUUUAAGUAAUUUAAUCUAGUAUUCAACUUCAAGUAGUUUAUGCAGGAAAUUAUCAUAAUGGGAAAAAAUAAGGAAAGUGGAAAUUAAAGAAGAAAAAUUCAAAAGAAUUUGUUACAAUGUAAUUCUAAGUUAUAUAAAGUGGUGGAGGAAAUUAUAGUGAAUAUGGUGUGAAAGAGGGCUAAUGGAUAGAAUUAUGCGAUGAAAUAUUACCUUAAUAAAAUCAAUUAAUAAUUGAUAUUGGCAAAUAUUAAGAUGGACAUAAGAUGGGAUGUUGGAAAAAAUAUAUAUAUGAAGAAUUCUUUUUUAUAAAAAAUAAACUAAUGUUUGUAUUUAGUUAUUUUUAGUGGUGGAGGAGAAUUUGAAUUUGGAAUUAAAAAUGGGAAGUGGAAAGAGUUUCAUUAUAGUUUUAAAGAGUAAUUAUUGUUUAUUAAUAAAAUAAAUAGAGUAUUUUUAGUCAUUUUUGUUGGUUAUUAUAAAAAUGGAUUAAAGAUUGGUAAAUGGAAUAUUCAUAUAAAGGAAAAUAAUGAAUAAUAAUUAACUAUGUAAAUAAUUAAUUUUAUUAUAUUAUAGAGGAGGCACUUAUAAUAAUUUAGGUUAAAAGAAUGGAUAUUGGAGUGAAUUAAGUAAUUGUUUUCAUUAAUCUCAUUUCACUAUUUUUAAUGGAUAGUAUAAGAAUGGAAUAAAGUAUGGAAAAUGGACCAUAUAACAUAAAAUGAAACAAAGCAAUUAAAUUGAAAUAAUGUAAUUGAAUUUUAAUACAAUUCAUAGAGGAGGCGGUGAAUAUGAUGAACAAGGAUUAAGGAAUGAAGAUUGGAUUGAAAUAUUUUAAAAUUAUGAUUAGUAAAAUAAUUAUUGUAUUAGAUAUGCUUAAAUAACAUUUAAAGGAAAAUAUAUAAAUGGAUUAAAAUAAGGAUAAUGGGAUAUAUUGUAUUAAAAUAAUAAAAUGUGUAUUUUUAAUGUUAGAAUUAUUAGUGGUGGAGGUAAUUAUAAUAAUGAUGGAGAAAAAUAAGGAAAAUGGACAGAAGUUCAUGAAAAUUUUAAUCUUCAGGCAUGCAAUAUUUUGUAUGUAGGAAAUUAUAUGUAAGGGAAAAAAUAAGGAUAAUGGCAAAUGAUAAUAUAAUCUAGAGAGGAAUAAAAAUAAUAAAUGUAUGUGAUCUUACUAUAGAAUAGUUGUGGUAGUUAUGAAUAAAAUGGAUUGAAAAGUGGAGAAUGGAUUGAAAUCAACUAAAAAUAUGAAUAAUAUAAUGUUGUAUAUUAAAAUGGUAUUCAAAAGGAUGUUGAUGAAUAAUAAUAAUUUAUUUAAAUAUGA